CACACGCUGUCCUGCAGGGCGGGCCCUAUUCGUCCCGAAUACAUGGGUAUCGGAAGUAAUUGAUCAUUGCUGAAGUUGCCCGGUAUUCUAUGUUCGGUCAGUAGAACAUUGCCCUCAGUGCACUCGAGGUGUGGGCGUGUCGGUGGUGACGUCACUACAGGCACGCACGACAGUCUUCGCCGCACGUCUCCCAGUUACUCCCUGACAUGGCAGGGAAUGGCUUUGGUUUCCCAAGUCACAUGACUAUGUCUGUGCGCCGGCCGCCAUCUUUGAGAUGGGCUGGUUUCCUGGAUUUUGCACUUUCCAGCGUGUGGGAGCGUACUUAUAACAAGGUUCACCCCCGCCUCCAAUGUCCACCUAGAGAAGGAGAAAGGAGGCUCUGUAGAAAGAAGUCACCUUGUGGGAAUUGGGAUUUAUCCCUCAGUAAAAAUGGCGCCUCGUGCUUCAGAGACAGGAGAGUCAGCCUGCUGGGCACAUGACUGACCCUUGUCUGGGGGCUGUGGAGUGUCGGUGCACAGCCAGUGUGUCUCUCCCAUGGCACCUGCUGUAAUGGACAGCGGCCUCGGGAUUUACUGGGUGAAUUCUUAGCUCCGCUACUGACUGUGAGUGCAUCAUGAACUGAGAGGCUGCCCAGGCCCAGCCUGUAACUGUAUUACUAGUUCUAUUCCUCUAAUCUCAGCUCCCCACACUGACUGCAAACUGCAUGGGCUUCUAUUAUUCUCACUAACUCCUCUUAUACUGCUCCUCUCUGACAUUUAACACUAUUUACUGCACUUCCAGUUAGGUGAUCGUGAGAAGGCAGACAUUUUAUUCAGGGACAUUUACUAAAGUGCGGAGUGUCAUGCAUUAGGAAUGAAGUUUAAAUAUUUGGUUAAAAAUUGAAAACAAGAAUUGGAAACAAAAACAACAAAAAAAUCACAUUGUCAGUUAUGUUUUCAGUGUGGAACGUUUGGUUCAAAAUAUGGCAUUUACUCUGAUUUCCAGAAAAUUCACACCUCUGUUAAUAUUUUAAGCAUCAAUUGUUAUUUCACAUAAAGAAGUUGACCUUUAUGCAGAGGAACAUUAAAGAGUUUGUAUAACUAUUCAUAUUGUGUUACCCUUUGUAUACAUGGGUACCUGGAAAUACCAGAUUUACAAAUGUAAGUCGAACAUAAGUUGUCUGGGGGAUCGAGUUAAAGGGACACUAUAGGCACUUCUGUCACGUUCAGUCCUGCAAUGGAAAUCAUUACCGUUUUAGAGAAACUGCAACGAUUACCUUGCAAAACUAUGACAGCCUCUAGUGACUGUGAGUCAGACAGCCACUAGAGGCACUCCCUGCUUGCUAGGUGACUUUUGGUUGCAUAAGUGACGGUAGACAUCCUCAUGCUAUGCAUGAGGACAUCCAGCAUCCAUCAAAUCCGCAUAGGUAAGCAUUACAGCAAUGCUUUCCUAUGGGGAGGGCCUAAUGCGCUCUCAGCAUUCGCAUGUCUGGUGACGUUUGAGGAAGAGGAGCACCGACCAACCGCAGAAUUUCAUUGGCGCUGGGAUUGGCUAAGUAUGGUAAAGGUUUAUUAAUCCUUAAACUACCAGAUGCACCAGAGCGACGUAUAGUUCUCGGAACAAAGAUUUGCAUUCCUAGCACGAUAGUAUCCCUUUAAGUGUCACACCAUAAUAAACAUUUGAUUACUGUGGGAUAAUACCAGGGGGAAUCUUGGCAACAUAACCACUAGCAGACUAUUGAGGUAUGGUGCCUACACCGACCCUUUAAGGCAAGCAUGUCAAACUCAAAGUAUGGCACAUGCCACAUAAACAAGGUUUAAGUUUAUGUGGGCGGCAAAAAAAAAAUACCUUAAAUUUUCAUAGAAACUUAGGUUUAUUUUAAAAAGUACAGUGUAAUAAAAAAAAAAAAAAACCCAGCAUCCUCCUCUACCACCCUGUGCCAAAUCUGAUUCUCCCGCUACUUCUUGAAACCUUGUGAAGGUGCAGCACGUCGAUGUCACAUUGCGUUGCAUGCCUCCAUGCACCUCCACUGUCCAGUCGUAGCCAAUGCAACACUGACCAACAGAGACACACACACAUACUGACAGACACACACAUUUACACAUUCUUGCACUCACAUUUUAAUUUAUUGGCCGCUGGUAUGGGGAUCUUCUGUCUGGAGAUCACCUUCCUGCUCCUCGCGCGGUUUAGUGAUGCCGGGUGCUGGAAUAUGACGUCAUAUUCCGGUGCCCGGCUUCACUACAGACGGCGCACGCGAGUGAGUAGCAGGAAACUGAGCUCCCUCGCUGGCCCUUCUCCCUGGCCGGGUAAGUUUUAGCAGAGUGGGCACCUGCAAUGUGGGAAAAGCAGGUGCCUACUUUGCUAUAACCCAGCGUGUACUCGUGGCUCACUGGGCCGCAAAGAUAAUCCUUGUGGGCUGUGAGUUUGACAUGCUUGAGUUAAGGUGCUAGUAACUUGUGUAAAUUAAAUACUUUGAUCUUAAAGCACCAACACAGCUUUUCCUUAAAGGAACACUACAGGGUCAGGGCCUAGAUGACGCGGCCCUUUUAAGGGCGUGACGUCAUGGGAGUUUAAUUAUUUAAGGAACUGCAUUACGGCCUGAAAACCAGCAGAGGGAGCUUUUCGCUGGACCAAAGGUGAGUAUAUUAUUCAGGCUGCACGGCAACUUGGAGAAUUCGGGCCACGCGGUGCAUUCUGCCUGCGUGGUCCGAGGAGAGGAGCAGCGUGGGCACCGAGUACAAGUAAGUUUGUGACAGGAGCAUGAAGUCAAUAUUAAAGUAAGCGCGGGUUGCCAUGACACUUCUUUGCAACUACACUGCAUUAGAUGGGAUGACGAAUUCUGCACAUUCACUCAGGAAUCCCCCUGAGAUGUGUUAUGCUGGUAAAUUGCUGAACAAAUAUGAGAGUCCAACUUGUUAAAUAUUCCUUUUUAUCAUUGUAAUAAAAUUCUAUUUGAACAAUUUGACUCUAUGAGCUUUUUUUUUUAUUUGUUCACUUGUAUCCGGUUGAGCAUGAGGACAUCUGCUGCACACAAAUUUCUCCAAUGUAAAUGGUGAAAUACUUUUUAAUUAUAUUCACACAGACUGCCCCAGAAAUAUCUAUUGUUUAAUUACAGCAACUGAUGUUUAAUAAAUAAUGGCUAAAAUAAGUCAUCUACUUAACUUUAUUCCAGUACCAUCAGCAGCCCCCAUGCUGGACGUUGCUCUGACAUCAUAAGGUCACUGGCCCAUUGUCCAAUCCAGUGCUUCUCAUUUAGAAUCUUUGUGGACCAUAGUAGCAUGCACGUGUUUUGCUGCAAUCUGCCAAUCAAAUUUGUCUCAUAGAGAAUUAUUGAAUCAAUAAUACAUUAUGAGAAGUCCAGAACACACCAUACACCUCCAAGUAAAAGGUUGUCUGAGCCAGGAGAACCACGAUGUGGCUCGGGCAAAAUGGCUGCAGAAACUCAGAAUUGCAGCCUCUAUGGAAACCCUGUGGAUGAAGGCCUACAAUCUACAGCUAGGGAAAACCAGUGCAGUCUGCUAAUUGUUGUGGGAAACGAGCAGGGUUGUGAAAAUGUAACCCAAUGGUAACCCAAUCCAAAUGUUCCUCAUGACAAGCUACUUGUCCUUCCCCACAAAGUAAUUUUAAUUUGAACUACAAGGGCCCCUUCCUUAGCAUCUUUCCCUCUGUCCUUACUGUGUUGGAAGUGGGUAGUGUGGUGUGCCCUGGCUGUGUAAUAUGUGGGAGUUUGUUGUCUUUGUGUAAUGUGAAGGGCAUAGGCUGUUUGUAAUGUUUUUUUGUUUUUAACCAAAGUGAGCACUAAGACCAGGGAAUGAUGCAGGAAGCUCAGUAGCAAGCAGAUUGCUGCUGAUUAUGAUGCGCUUGAGAUUUAGGAAAUUUCCUCACAAUCCAGUUGAGUCCAGGCACAGCCAAGAACGACAUUGCGCAUGAGGAGACUUUUUUUUCUGUCUUUGUUCUCUGUGCUAACUUCCAGCUGCAAAAGACAUCUUAAAAUGAAUCACUGUAAAGCAGACCACGAUGGAAGCAUCCAGUUGCUGAACUGAGCGGCAUGAAUUUUUACAUAAAGUUUUAUUUUUCACACCUCACCAAUUCACAUUUGAGAGGAUAAGUAAAUAUAAUGUACAUUUUAGGCUAAAAGAGAACUGAAAAAUUCUUGAAAACUCUCACUUUAAAGAAGCCCCGUAUAUAACCUACUCCGUUAUAACUAUGUAAGUAUUCUUAGUAAUGCCAUAAUACUAAUCACUAGAUGUGUGCAUUAAUGCUUAUUAUCUGGUAAGAACAAAUCAAAUUCCAUUUAAUGUAAGCCAAAUUCAUCAGUGUGGGGGUUUAAAUGUGAAGUCUUAUUCAGUGAAAUCCUAAACGGAUUGAUUAGUUCGGGCGUAGAUUAAAAGCAAUUUGGUUCUACCUGAGAUAAAAUCUCUGGUAUGUUUAUGAAAUAUUACAAUGGUUGUAUUUACUUUGAACGUAAAAUACAGUCAAUAGAAAUCCAAACUACUUCAGGAUUUUUCUCUUAUAUAAAUCUUUAAAAGUCUUUUUAUCUGAUACCAGUGUUUUAUAGCAUUCACUUAUGAACUUUGUUUUCAUACUCUUAGCCCUCUCUAUUUUUCUGUAAUGGUCACUCGUACUGUCAUGUUGAGUUACUCUGUACUAUAAUUCAGUUAUUUGCCUCUUUCUCUUUUGCAGUGGAAUCAAACUAUUGGUGGGAAACAGAGGGAAAAGUGGCCCGCAGUACAGCAAGACAAGAUGGCUUCACUGAAUGAUGAUGAGUGCACACCUCUUCUGAGUGCUUCGCAUGCCGUGUAAGAUUAUCAAUAAGAAACCCUUCGAAAAUAACACUUGGGUUUUUAACAAUUUGUUGUAGUUUUACCUGAAUGGAUGUGUAGUAGUAAAUUAAUUAUCUCGGGAUUCAGGUUUAUUUCUUUUUUUUAGUUCUUCCACAGGAAUUUUUGUAGAAAGUUCAUUUGGAAAGUUUUUCGAGCAGUAUUGAAUCCUUUGAAAAACGUAUUAAAUUGACUCCGUAAUGUUGGAGAGCUGGGAUAAUCCAGCCCAGUGACCUCUGGAAGUGAAUAACCGAAGUUAAUAAUGGGAUAAGACUUUGAAGGACAAAGCAGGGGCUGUUCUUUUAGCUUGCGUUGGAAGCAUUGCAAAUUCUGGUCAGCUCUGUAUAUACUUAAUAAAAAGGAGAUUUUUUAAUUUAUUUUUUAAACUGAAAUGAGAAUUGACAAGAAUACAAACUGAAUUUCAAAACGGAGUCCAAAAUAGUUUAAUUAGUACAAUUCUUUUUUCAGUUUGGCUAUUUUGGUCUUAAAUUUGAAAUUCAUUAUAUAUUUCUUACAUUUUUACUUUAGUAACCCUGUGAGUGUAGCAUCGUCAGACAGACCACCAUUAAUAUUGAGAGUAUUAGGGCUUUUUGUAAUUUGUAUUGUUUUAAUUGAGAUCAUGUUUUCUUUUUAGGGACAUUGUGGAAACUAUUACGCAAAAUAAAAGCAGGUGGUGGUCAAUUCGGGUUAUGUACCUUACGAUGUUUCUCAGCAGUGUAGGUAAGUGAAGAAGACCAAAUCUAACAGUCCAUCCACAUGACCUCAUUAAAUUAACUAUUGCUGCAUAGGCAACAUGUAUUAUACUGCGCACAGUUUAUUUACAUUUUCUUUAUUAAGUGUUUAAAUUAACACUAUAGGGUCAGGAACACAAACAUGUCCCCCUAAAUAUAGUAAAAUCUUACUUUUGUUCAAAUCUUCACCUGCUGGCUCUGCCCCUGAUCUGCCUGCUUGGCUGACAUCAUCAGAAGUGAUUGUUUGAGCCAAUAACAAUGCCUUCACAUAGGCUGGCUGAGACUGUCAAGGAGGCAGAUUAGGGACAGAGCCAGCACAAGCCAAACACAGCCCUGACCAAUGAACAUCUCCUCAUAGAGAUGCAUUGAAUCUCUAUGAAGAAAGUUCAGUGUCUGUAUGCAGAGGGUGGAGACACUAAAUAGUAGUGCUGCACACUGUGCAGCACUGCCCCAGGAAGCACCUCUAGCAGCCAUCUGACGAGUGGCCAGUGGAGGCAUCCCUAGGAUGUAAUAUAAUCACUGCAUUUUCUCUGAAAAGACAGUAUUUACUGCAAAACGCCUGAAGGUAAUGAUUCUACUCACCAGAACAAAUACAAUAAGCUGUAGUUGUUCUGGUUACUAUAGUGUCUCUUUAAGGAUUAGAGUUUAAAGGAACACUCCAAGCACCAUAAACCCCAAAGUGCACUCUAGGGAUUAUAGUGCCAGGAAUGCCCUGGUGUCGUAUCCCCCCACCAGUUUGAUAUUUUUUACAAGGUAUCCAUCAGGUGCUGCUCUCUGCCUCUGCUGCAACCCUGGUGAAAGCCGGAAGCUUAGUGUCUGAGCUACACAGUGCAGAACUCAGCUCAAUGGCUGAGAACGAUCAGCUGACGCUCUUAGCCAGUGAGCUAGCCCUACACUUAGCAGGAGCUUCUGACUCUCCUGGCUGCUGACACUGCCCAGCAUAUCCCAGGCAAGAACUCAAACAGUUCUAAAACACCAGGGCACUCCUUACACCAAAAUCACUACAGGACUCUGUAGUGGUUAUGGUAUUUGGAAUGUUCCUUUAAGGAAACAGUUUGACACAAAACUAGGAGACUGAGCCAGAAGCAUGCCUGCACCAUGACUACAACCUACAGUGAGCUACCUUGCCCAUUUACUAUAGGGUUCCAAAGGGCAACCUCCACCUAAGUUGAGGACUAGUCCAUUUACCCCCUGAAAUUUCUUUAAUCCCCUUUGUGGUGGAAUGGUACCCCUAAGCCCAAUUGGGCAUUGCCAAGUGGCCCUUCCCUCACCAUGCAUUGUUGGUGAUUGGGGAAAAAAAAGAUGCUUGAAGUACCAAAUAAUGUAAGCUUAAUGGAGCAGUUUUGGUGUGUAGAUCAUGUCCCUGCAGUCUCACUGAUCAAUUCUCUGCAGCUGAGGACUUCUAAUCACUUUGUUUAGCCCUAGCCCACCUCCCCAGGCUCUGACACAGUUUCUGUGAAAAGAAGGUUUACAUUUUACAGCACAAUAUCUUUACUCUAACAGUUCUUAUAUCUUGCUCUGUUAACUAAACUUUAAUCACAAAAAAAGAGGCUUCUGUAGACCCCAGCAGACAAUUAACAGAGCAGGAGAUACUUUCUAAAUUAAAACCACAUUAUUUGGAAUUCAAAGUGAAUUUCAAAUUUAAGGCAAGCAUAACUGAAUUGGAAAAAAAAUUCAAGUCAUGCUUUCAAUUCAGCUAUUUUUGUCUAAAAUAUGAAAUUCACUUUGAUUUGUGUUUGAUUUCCAGUUCUUACUUUAGUAAGUAACCCUGACUGUGCAAUCAGAGGAGUUAAACAAUUUGAACCUUUUUCAGGAAAUGUGUAUGAAGUCUGUGUGAGAAAGCCAGGUGUAGCAGACUUACCAGUAUUCCAACUGGAUACUUCCGCUAGUUUCUCCUCUUAGCUGAAAUCAAGAACCGUGUGUUUAUAGCCCCUUUCCCCAGACAUCAGACGACACAUGAUGCUCGGAAGAAUAAUUGGUUUUAUUGCACAAAAUGUAGCCUUUUAUGCACAGACCCCCAGCAUGGGGUCUCCAUUCACUGUAUAGCAGAACCAGCCCAGGGCCUCUGUGUCUGGGAGAUAAUUGUGUCAAUGUCUGCUACACUAAUUACCUCCUGGAUACAGAGAGACAAACACAGAAAAAUAAAAUAAAAAAAACAGAGUGAUCACAUUCCCGAACCCCGACAUGUUUUACAUCCCCAGAUAGCUCUUGCUGGAGCUCACUAAAAGCACCCUGAUCUGUGGAGGUUUGGGGAAACACCACUCCAUUAAAGUUUGGAGUGGCCGCUACAACAGAGGGAUGUUCGCGGCCAAGCCGGAGUUCCAUGUGGUCUAUGGACACGUGCCGCUGACAAGUCUGUGAUACUCCGACUCUGUGUAUAAGCUGUGGACGUGGUAGUGAGAGGCACUUGCUGAGAAGCAUGGAUGGGAUUGGGACUAAGGGAGCCAGGAGAAUGUUAUAGUCUUAAACAGUAAGUUUGGGGGUAACCGACACACCAGGGAAGAUGUGUCCAUGCCUCUAUAAAGAAAGUGAUUUAAGUCCUGCAUAGAGGAGAACUGAGUGGUAAGGAUGUGAUAUGUUCAAUGCUGUUUAAUUUCAUUUAACUCUCAGAAAUUAUAAAAAAAAAAAAAAAAAUUCAUUCUUUAUUUUUGUAGUGCAUAAGCUUAUAACAGAUGGUUGUGAGGUACCCCAAAGGCAAUCCUCCACCGCAUUGUAGACAUUUGAACAUUGAGGUACAAGAUAGGUCUAGCACAUUUUUUGUGUACAGAUAGUUUAAGUAGUAAACAGUAGAGGGUUUAACAGCUAACUGAUUCGUGGGAUAGGCAUAAGGCUAUCCUAACUAUAAAAUAAGACUAGGGACUAAUGAAAGUAUUUAGAAAAUUGGGCAGACUAGAUGGGCCGAAUGGUUCUUAUCCGCCGUCACAUUCUAUGUUUCUAUGAUUCAUAACUGAAGGUAACAUCGCUGGUAUAUCUGGUCAGUUAAUUUUUGAGCAUCAUAGAGUAACAUUCAAUCUACAAGAUAUAGGCUUAGUCUAGCUUUUAUACAAAAGUGGUUUACGAAUGGUUGAUAUAGGCUAGCAGCGGGUUUAUAGUGUGAUUGUAGGCAUAGGUCGGCAACCAAGCAUUUUUAAGGAAAGAGGAAUAAGACCUUAAUGGUACAUAAAACGAUGAGGCAAUGCUAAUGUGCUUAGAUGCUUAACUUGCUAAGCUGUGAGGUGAUUGUGUCUCGUUGUAGGCGGAUAUGAGGGAAGCUAAGUCAAUACGCUGGCCCUGGCUAUCUGCAAGUCUGUUCUCUUACAGUGUUAAACAUAUCAGCAAGGGUUAUAAAAGGUAUGAAUAUAAAGUAAAAAUAAAAAUAAUAGUAUGCACUUGUAAAAACUUUUGAGUCUAUUGAUGGUGCCCUUGGGAUUACUUGCCAGGGGUGGGAGAGUCCUCUGCAUAUCUGUAGGGUCAGCCAAUUCCCUGUUGGGGCCAGACUGUGGUCUGCCACGAGAGUCUCACUCCCUUCCUUGUGCCCUUGUGCUGCCAGUCCCAGAUUCUUGUAUGCUGCUGCAUCAUGCCUGCCGUCGGGCAGCAGAGUUGUUGUCCCAGGUGUUGUCCCCUGAUUUCACUUCGUGCUUGUAGUUGGCGCUGUAGCUUGUGUCCCCUCUGCUGGGAUGAUUUGGGAGCGUGGGGUCGGUCUGCACCGGGUCGGCGUGUGGUGGGGUUGCGAUGGGGUUGGUGAGUGGGUCUGCGUUGGUGCCGUGCCUGGGUGAGUGUGCGUGUAGGGCAGCGGUGCGUGCGCUGGUUCCCUCGCUGGGAGUUGGGUGGCGGUGGUCGCUUUGCAAGGGCAGUAGGCUGUGGUGGGGCAUGGGUGUACAGCUUACCAUACAGUUUCCUCCGGAAUGCCACAAAGUGGUUGUGGAUUCGUAUGAGGAUAUCUUGUGAUGUGCUCGUCGGAGUGUCAGUACUUGCUGCGUCCGCCAUUUUAGGUAGGUCUCCUCUUUCCCACCUUGGCGCCUCUCUGCUUCUUCGUGUGCCCGGGGUCGCCACCCCUGUGUGAUCCGGGAUUACUCCCACCGGUCCGGGUGGGGGGUGGGUAGCAGGGCUAUCUUGUGUUGUGGUCAGCUUCAGUAUGCCUCCAGAUCGGGGGAGCGGCUGCCUCCCCCGCCUGUCGCGCACCAAGCCGCAGUGUCAGUCGCGGUUCCAUCUGGCCCCAUUCGGGUCGCCUGCCGACCUCUUCUGUGCCUCCUGUUGUGGGUGGCAGGAGGGUAUCUGGGGUUGCCGCUUGUGUUGCCCGUAGGAGCCUUAUUGUCUGCUUUUUGCCGAGUUUGUGCGGGAGCUCGUGGAGAACACGUCUCUCCGCCAUGAUGGUCAAGCCCCGCCCCCCAACUCUCAGAAAUUUUAACACCCACACUGAAAUAAAUUGAGCUGUAUAAAAGUGGCCACAUUGGUUAAAACUUUCAGCUCUUAGUAGAUGUGAAUUCACCUGAUAAAAUCUAAAUCUAUUUUACCUGCAAUAAAUUUUGUGUGUCAAAUCUCCUUAAUUUCAGGGUUUUCAAUUGUGGUUACAUCAAUCUGGCCAUAUCUUCAACAGGUAAGUUGUGUGGUGUGAUGCAUAAAAAUGUCAUAAUCCUUGUGUGUGGAAGGUGUGCAUGUAAAACUAGUGGUGGUAUAAUCUCCAUACAUUUUGUGUUAACAGUUUAUUUUUCUUAUUUUAUUUUUUUUUUGUCUAAGGUUGACGUGAGUGCUGAUACCAGUUUCCUUGGUUGGGUUAUAGCAUCGUACAGUCUGGGCCAGAUGUUGGCUUCGCCUUUGUUUGGACUUUGGUCCAACCAUAGGCCGAGAAGAGAACCACUCGCCGUAUCCAUAAGCAUCUUGGUAGCUGCCAGUGUCCUAUAUGCUUAUGUACAUGUUCCUGCUUCUCACAACAAAUACUACAUGCUGAUAUCCAGGGCUCUAGUAGGAUUUGGAUCAGGUACAUUUUAAAUACAAAUGUGUUUUUAGUACUUCCUGUAUUAAGUGCUGCUGUCAUGAAAAGUAUACCAAUAACUGAAAGAUCAGCAACUGAGUGAAAAUCUAAUUUUAUAUACUCUGGCACUUUUCUGGAAACAAUUUAUGCACAUCACUCAGCUCUCACCUGCUCACAGUUCUGAUUAUCUUUAGUGUCUUCAUCAAUUGUGAUCAUUCUUGAGCAGUUCUGUUUAUGUUGCAUUAUUCUCCAUCAAGAGUGGUACCUACCUUGUACAGGGAGCAAUAGGGCCACACUAGGAAUACAAGGUAAAACAGGUGCUAUAUAUCCAAUGACAACAUUUUCUUAUGUUUCUAUAGAUGUUCUUCCAGAUUUCCCCCUUGCAUUUAGCUUAAUAGCCACAUAGGAUAUUAAAACUUUAAUUAGUCAGAACAUCAUUUAUGAAAAAUUAAACUGAAAAUGUGCUGGGAGAUAUACACCCCAAAGGAUUACGGCACUUGAUGACACUUCCUAUAACACAGAUCCAUAUACAGCAUAGAUACGGAGGGAGGUGUCCAACUAAUUAUGCUGUGUUAGUAAAGUUUUAUGGCAAGAAACAUCUACGUGUGUGAGCGCUCCAAAGAAAAAACUCAAAGGUAAUUCCAGCACAAAGGGAUCUGAUAAGCUCAAGUGUAAAGAUACAUUACUUCUAAAUAAUAAACAAAGGCUAAUAAAAUAAGUGUGUAUAUAUAUAUAUGAGAGAGCAACAGUGUCUGAUGAUAUAGAAUUUUAAUGGACUUUUAAUGCACAGUAUCAUAUAAAAAUAAAAACAAUGAUAUAUAUAUAUAUAAAAUGUACACAGAUUCUAAGAAAAUUGUCAAUAUGACUCCAGCGAGAGGCCCCUUCGCUGGGGUGAUCCCAAGGAAAAAUAAUAGAUAAAUGAAAAAUCCCUGAGUCAAAAAAGUAGUUCAGUGUAAAUAAAAUCCGAAGUAAUCAAUUGACCCUUGGGGGGGGGGGCGAGAGGGAAUUUGGAGCACUUAAACCCACCUGGCUAUAAGACAAGGUUAAGGAUACUCUGAGCACGUUCCCAAGCCUGAAAAAGCUCUGGGGGUAACCCAAAGUAACUUACGCCACACCAAACGCCGGGUAAGGGAGCACGCUGAUCAACCCGCCCGAUGCUGUGAGGUCUGUCAGUUUUCGGCAGUUAGUGUCACUGCCUUAAUGGCGUAUUCAAUGUCAGGAUAAAAUAUGCUGGAAACUUGAGUAAAAGGAUUAGGAGUCAGAAGUCUAUGCAUUUCGUCUUACUGGAAGACUUUUUCAAGACUAAAUUCCUCAGGUAUAUAUACACCGAUAUUCAGCCAUAACAGUGGGAUUAAACAUGAUGUCAUCCUAAAUGGGGAGCCCUUUCUUAAAGUGACAACAUAUCAAAAACCACUGUAAAAAUGAUGAUCAUAAAGGAGAUUUAAAAAGACAAUACUUCAUUAAAAUCCAUAAAUGGUGAACAUAAUUUGGACAUUAAGACCCAAGUAAAAUACAUCACUAAUCAAAUCAUAAAAAACAAUAGUAAUAGAAUAAUCUUACCACUUUUCUUCUUUAAAAAGUGGUAAUAUAAUUAUUGCCAUAGGUCACUAUAAAAAGUAAAAUUAGUCUCUUUAAAUCUUAUCCUAUCACCAAACGGAGAGGGGUCCUGGGGUUGGUAAACACAUAGAUAUGAAAAGGCAAUAUUAUUCUGAUAUUAAUCUACAUUCACAAGUUGCACAAGUACAAUCAUUGUUAUUUUAAUCGUUAAGUGAACAAUAAUGGAAGCAGUUGUUAUUCAGUGUUAUAUAGAACAACCAGAAAUAUUUGGGAUACGGCUGAGAAAUCUAAAAUUGAAAAAUAGUGUAAAUUACAUAGUGUAAAUCUGUAUCAAAUAAUAAGUAAGUAUUCAUGAAAUGCACUCACAAGAUUAGACAAAAAAUAUCGCUCCAUGGUGCCUCCCCCGAUAGUAAUGGGGGGCUAUUAUCCUCCUCCAGUUGCUCCAAAAGAGUAGAUGAAAAACAGGACUCCCAGGAUGGUGGGAAAAAUAAAUAAAGCGGCUUUAUUAAGGAUGAGACAUCACCCAGCAAUAAAUAUAAAAUGUAAACUUAAAAUGAGGUCCUACGCGUUUCGUUCACAAUGUGGAACUUCCUCAGGGACCAAAAAUUUAAAUCAAAUGUUAUACAGCAAUAACAAAACAUAAAAUGCAGCCUAAUCCCACCCUCCCACUAGUCCUGUUUUAUAGGGCUAACCCCUGAGUUGAUUGAUGGUAAUCUGGGCGUCCUUCUCUGUUUCGUCCUUCAUUGGUGAAAUAGUUGAUCACAUCCAGCUGACUUGUUCUUAUUUUGACUGCAGUCAAAAAAUCCCGCGUUCCAUGUCAGCCGAAAACCGGAACCGGAAGUGGACACAUACUUCCGCGUUCCAUUCAAUCGUGCGUUUCAACAGAGGAGGUCAAGAUGUAAAGUGUUUGUUAACAUGGCCAUCUAGUGGUCGCCAGGGGAAUAGUCCCAAAUAGUAGAUAUUGGAAACAGUUAUAUAUCUGUUAAGACAAAACAUAGUAAUAUCGGCAGCAACAUGGAGAAAUAUAAAGCAUGAAUUUAUCAUAUUAAGAUCUUCAAUAAGUAUUUGAUCUAGAUCUAAUUUCAAAAAAGUUUAAUUAUAAUCUUAGAUUAAUAAUUGUAAAUAAUGUAAAGUAUUAAAGUGAUAAUACAAAAGAAUUUUUUUUUUUUUUAAAUAUAACUGAAAUAGAAUAAUAAAAAUUUGGAAAAGAGAGCACACAAAUCUACCAUGGAUAAUCUCUUAAUUUAUAAGCAUUUAUUUAUCCAAAUCAAAUACCCUUGAUUAGAUAAUAAAAUAGUUGUUAAUCUACUUUUUAUUAAAUAAAUAUAUAAGGAAUUAUAUCAUGAGAACUUAUUCAAUACAACUCUAUAUCUCUAUGUGAUUCCCAAAAGGUAGAGAGGGGAACAUGAAAAAGAGGAAGAGAAGACCAAAUGUUAAUAUAGUACAACGUAGAGGUAUAUAAACAGACCAGAAACCCAAUAUGGUUUAUGAAAAGCAGGCCAAAUCGAUGUCUACAUUUAAUCCCAUUGGUUCUAGUGUUUUUAGUUGGUGAAUCCAAAAGGUUUGUCUUUGGGAUAAAUUUUUUGUCCUAUCACCACCACGCCAGUGGGAGACAACUCUUUCAAUACCUAUGCAUCUGAACUCUUUCCAUGAAAAAAAGGGGCAUAUACUGCAAUGAGCGGAGACUGAAUGGGUAAUUAACCCCUUCCUAAUAUUGUUCAGAUGUUCAAGUAUACGAACUUUUAAAAUUCUUGUAGUGCGACCCACGUACUGUUUGCCACACGGACAUUGUAGUAAAUAAACCACAAAAUCCGUGUGGCAACCUAUAUCUGAUUUAAUGUGGUAUACCCUCCCAGUUUUGAAACUAGAGAAGGUAUUGGAUCUCUCAAUAGUCACGGUCUUACAGGCUUUACACACAUUACAUCCCCUACAAAAUCCUGUAUUCGUAUUGGUGGAAGAGGUUUUAAUAGCGUAACUAGGUGCCAACAUAUUUUUGAAGUUUUGAUUUUUCUUAAAAAUUACUCGAGGGUGUUCAGGUAUGUGUAUUCCCAACACUGGGUCUUGUAACAGUAUUGACCAAUGAUUCUGUAAUCCUUUUUUAAUCUUUCUAUGGUCAACAUUGUAUUGGGUCAGAAAGGCAGACCUGAAUCGGUUAUCCACAGUAUCAAAAAUGGGUUUGUCCAUUAAUAAUGUAUUUCUAUUUGUUUGUGUUAAAUGGCAAAUUUCUUUUUCCAAGGCAUUUCUCUUGUAUCCCUUCUCCAAUAGUUUAUCUUUAAUGUGAUGUGAUUGGAUGUAAAAAUCAUGGUCAUGUGAACAGUUGCGUCUAAGGCGUGUGAAUUGGCUUUUAGCUAUUCCCUUAAGCCAGGGCUUAUGAUGACAACUGUCCUGAUGUACGAAAUCGUUGCCAUCAGUUGGCUUGAAAUAGCACUUAGUACGAAUUUGGCCAGCUUCACUAAACAAAGUGAGGUCCAAAAAAUUAAUUGUGUCUUUACUCCAAACAGGAGUGAAGACUAAAUUAUAUUGGUUGGAGUUUAGAAAAUUCACGAAUUCAAAAAAUAAGAUAGAAGACCCUUUCCAAAUAAUAAUAAAAUCAUCAAUAUAGCGCCGCCAGAGCACCAAGUUUUCCCUCCAGUCAUGCCUUGACCACACAAAUAAUUCUUCCCAUCUCCGAACAUAGGCGUUGGCAUAACUGGGGGCAAACCCGGUGCCCAUGGCGUUCCCCAUGAUCCGUAAAUAAAAUUUUACAUUAAAAAAGAAAUAAUUGUGCUCUAAAAUAAAUUUAACAGCAAAUAAAAUAAAUGUUUUUAGGCCCUGUGAAAGAUCUGGAUCUUGGUCCAUGAAGUAAUCAAUGGCCUCUAACCCUCGUGAGUGACUAAUAACUGUGUAUAGGAAGGUGACAUCUAGGGUCGCCCAACUAUAUUCCGGAUCCCACUCGAUAUUUUCAAUUUCUUGUAGGAAUGAUUUUGUAUCCUUGACAUAUGAUGGCGAAUUUUGAGCGUAUUUCUGUAAAUAAAAAUCUGCAAAAGCAGAUAAAUUAGCAGUAAUCAAGUUUAUCCCGCUUAUAAUUGGGCGGCCCGGGGGGUUGGGAAGAUGUUUAUGGGUCUUAGGGAGAAAGUAAAAGAUGGGAAUGGUGGGAUUUUUUUGAAAUAAAUAUUCAAAAUUUUUUUGAGAAAUGAUUUCAUCCUUCUUAGCCUUCUCUAAAAUGCUUAUCAAUUCUAAAUUGAAUUGAUGUGUAGGGUCAGAUUUCAGAAGUACAUAUGUAUUUACGUCAUUCAAGAUAUUAGAAGAUUCCUCCAAAUAAUAAGUCAUUGUCAUAAGAACGAUACCCCCCCCCUUUGUCAGCCUCCCUAAUAACCAAAUCUUCUCUUUCCAUAAGAUUUUUUAAAAUAUUAGAUUCUUUUUUUUAGUAAGAUUAUGAGUACAGCUUUUAGAUUUGUUUUCCCUUGUCACGGAUUGAAAUUCUUGAUCUACCAUCCGUUCAAAUAUUUCUAAAUAAGGACCCCUACUUUGUACGGGGAAAAAAUGAGAUUUAGGUUUAAAUUUAAAAUUGGAUUGUAUAUUCUCACUAGGGCCAUUAAUAUCAAGUGGUGAGGGAUGCAAGAGAAAAUGCCUUUGGAUAGUCAUAGACCGAAUGUAUUUUUUAAGGUCUAUAUAUAAUUUAAAAUCAUUUGCCGUUUUGUUGGGGGCAAAUUUCAUCCCCUUGGAGAGUAAAUCAAUUUCGUCAUCUGAUAAUGGUGUUUCAGUUAGAUUGAAUAUACCCUUUGUUACUUCUUUUUCCCUCAAAGGAUAUGCCAAAGAGGGAGAAGUAUUUAGUCUUCUGUCCUUAUUCUCUUUUGAGGGGAAUCUUGUUGUAACAGGGAAAAUCGAUUGGGAUGUUCCCAUGUUUCUGCCCUGGGACGGAAGUAGUUGGUGAUAUUUUUUUCUCGUGGGCCUUUCAAACGCCCCUGAAAAUUUGAUUCUUUAUCAUUAAACUGAAUGUUGGCCCUUUCUCUGUCAUUAAACUGAGUAGUGGCUCUUCCUUGAUCCAAUUUAUGUCUAACAACCUGAGCAUAGGAAUGAGUAUCUCUAUUGGGAUCAGGAGAUAAUCUCCUCUGUGAUAUAUGAGAUUUCUCUUGAUGGAGAGCAGUGUUAGAGUGAUACGUGUUUUGAUGUUGAAAAUUGUGUAAAUGAUAUGUAUCCCCUUGACUAUCUUUAGACACUGAGGUAGUCCUCUUAUGAAAGGGUACUUUAGAGGAAAUGUUCCUAUACGUAUAGGGUCGUGUUUUUUUCCGAUGUAAUUUAUUUUGUGUUGAAAAAGUAUUAGACAUUUUGUCUUCUUUGUCCCUCUUAUAUUUUUUAUUUUUGGUCUCAGCUAUUUUCUCAUCAAGAUUCCUGAUAUUAGUCUGUAAAGUUAUUUCUCUUUCUUUAAAUUCUUAAUUUUCUGUAUCUAAGGUGGAAUUUGCCUCUAGGGUAUUUCAUUCUCCUUCUAUUUUAUUUUGUAAAUCUUUUGAAUAUUUAAUAAUGAGUUGUAUUAAUUGAAAGGAACAAUUGGUAAGAAUUUCAUCCCAUUCUUCUAAAAAUAAGGGAUCUUCUAAUCCAAUGGCUGGGGUUUUAUCAAUCCUCAAACCUCUGGGAAUUCUCAUGCUAUAAUUCCUUAUAUAUUUCUUAUAAAAAGUAGAUUAACAACUAUUUUAUUAUCUAACCAAGGGUAUUUGAUUUGGAUAAAUAAAUGCUUAUAAAUUAAGAGAUUAUCCAUGGUAGAUUUGUGUGCUCUCUUUUCCAAAUUUUUAUUAUUCUUUUUCAGUUAUAUUUAAAAAAAAAUAAAAACAUUUCUUUAGUAUUAUCACUUUAAUACUUUACAUUAUUUAAAAUUAUUAAUCUAAGAUUAUAAUUACAGUUUUUUGAAAUUAGAUCUAGAUCAAAUACUUAUUGAAGAUCUUAAUAUGAUAAAUUCAUGCUUUAUAUUUCUCCAUGUUGCUGCCGAUAUUACUAUGUUUUGUCUUAAUAGAUAUAUGACUGUUUCCAAUAUCUACUAUUUGGGACUAUUCCCCUGGCGACCACUAGAUGGCCAUGUUAACAAACACUUUACAUCUUGACCUCCUCUGUUGAAACGCACGAUUGAAUGGAACUCGGAAGUAUGUGUCCACUUCCGGUUCCGGUUUUCGGCUGACAUGGAACGCGGGAUUUUUUGACUGCAAUCAAAAUAUGAACAAGUCAGCUGGAUGUGAUCAACUAUUUCACCAAUGAAGGAUGAAACAGAGAAGGACGCCCAGAUUACCAUCAAUCAACUCAGGGGUUAGCCCUAUAAAACAGGACUAGUGGGAGGGUGGGAUUAGGCUGCAUUUUAUGUUUUGUUAUUGCUGUAUAACAUUUGAUUUAAAUUUUUGGUCCCUGAGGAAGUUCCACAUUGUGAACGAAACGCGUAGGACCUCAUUUUAAGUUUACAUUUUAUAUUUAUUGCUGGGUGAUGUUUCAUCCUUAAUAAAUAUUAAUAUAUAUAUAUAUAUAUAUAUAUAUAUAUAUAUAUAUAUAUAUAUAUAUAUAUAUAUAUAUAAAAAAAAUUUGGUCAGAACCCCUAUGGGCUUAAUGAAGAUAUAGAACAGAUCUUCUAGUGUUCCCCUUCCCCCCAAAAUUUCUGUAGCAAUUUCAAAUGGUCUUUUUACCUAUUGACCGUGGGUCACUAAUGGACUCAGAUAUUUAUGGCCCCUAUUGGACCAUUGGUUCUGACCACAUUUUUUUUUUUUUUUUUUUUCUCUCUCUCUCUCUCUCUCUCUCUCUCUCUCUCUCUCUCUCUCUCUAUAUCUAUAUAUAUAUAUAUAUAUAUAUAUAUAUAUAUAUAUAUCUAUAUAUAACGACAUAUACUGAUGUUUUCUUUUUUCUUUUUAGGAAAUGUUGCUGUUGUGCGAUCGUACGUUGCUGGUGCCACAUCCUUGUCUGAAAGAACAGGUGCAAUGGCUAACAUCAGUGCUUUCCAAGCCCUAGGUUUUAUACUGGGUCCAGGUAAGUCAGGAAGCUAUCCCAGUCGUUCUCCAUGUUAGAUGUACUGCCAGUUUUGAACUAGUGUAUAUUCUAGUGAAUGUUGAGGAGGUACAGUCCAUGGAGGAUUUUGUUCCUCUUUCCCAAUGACGGGAAUGCUACCAAGGUUUCUCCUGAGUGCUCCGGUCUGAAUUGACGCUUAUUUAAAAUAUUGUAGAAUCGGAGCUCUUGGAGACUGGUUAUGUUUUUCUCUCUCAGUUUUUUUCUACUUUCAUUUUAUGCUAUUUAAAGUUUUUACAAUACUUUUAUGGUUCAAAUUAAAAAAUUCCUGUUGAAAAAGAGAUUGUGAUGCCAUCAUUUAUUAAUUUCAUUGUCAGUACUUUCAGUUGAAUCUCUGAUGUUAUAUAAGAUUUCUUUCUUUAUUUGUAAAUAAUGUAUUUUCAAAAAGAUUUCAGAAUACUGAAAUUUUGUGAAUUAAAAAAAAAUUGUGAAAUACUACUACAAUGCUGCUUUAAUAUUAAAGAGACAAUCAUAGCAACAAAAAUACUUUAUCUUAAUGAAGUGGUUUUAGUGUAUAUAUCAUGCCUCUGCAGUCUCGCUGCUCAAUUUUCUUGCAUUUAUUAGUUAAAUCAGUUUUGUUUUUCUUUAUGCAGCCAUAUUCAUACUUCCCCUGGCUGUGACUCACACAGCCGACACGAAAAACUGUUUGAUUUUCAAUCAGAUGUGACAGCACAGUGUGUAUACUUUAGACAUUUUUAACUCCUGCUCUGUUACUAGCUUGUUAAAGCAUCCUGUGUAUGAUUAAAGUUCAAUUAACAGACUAAUAGAGUGGGAGAUGAGAAAUUCUAAAUUAAACAGACCGUGCUGUAAAUGAAGCAUAAAAACAUUGGAUAUCUUUUUACAGGAUAUGUGCAGGGAGACUUCAAGGGAAAGAUGUGACUAGCACUGCAUAAACAAAGUGAUUUAACUCCUAAAUAGCAGAAAAUUGAACAGUUAUACUACAGGGGCACUACAUAUACACCAACACCACUCCAUUAAGUUAAAGUUGUUUAGGGCUCAUCGUGUCCCUUUUAUAAUUACUCUCAAAUAGCAUUAGCAUCCUCACUUAAACUGGUACUUUAGUACUUUUAGGUCCCUUUUAGAAGUAUCCCAUUAGGUAUACAUACCUCAGUCUGAUAAAAAUUGGGAAGCCCAGGUGUACUAUAGCACUAUUUGAGCACUCAGACUAGUUGUUCCUACAGUCCUGAAUAGGUGACAGGGUUGUUGGAUUAUAGUGAGCAAUAUGUUUACGGAGUGCUUCAUACUAGAGCAAGUUAAUAACAUAGAGGUUUUAUGAAUGGAAAAAAGGUUACAGUGAAACAGACAUGGCAGAAGUAGAAACGUUUCUGGAUUAUUUUGCUCUUCUUGUUCAAAAAUUAUCGUAUGAUUAGGGCAUAAUCUAAUUAAAGAAAUAAAAGAAUAACCUUUACAAACAUCUACUCUACCUCCUCCUAUCUUAAAGUAUUUUAAGUAAGAUAUAACGGCACACGUUCAAUAAAAAAAAUAGCAGAAACAAAACUUGCGGUCUUCCACCCCUUCCCAGCUUUCCAGGCGUGCUUUACGUUAAUUGGUGAGAAAGGAGUGACUUUCCAAGCCAUUGACCUACAAGUGAACAUGUACACAGCACCGUCCUUAAUGGGAGCUCUUCUCGGUAUUGUUAACAUCAUACUGGUAUUUGCAAUAUUCAGGUAAUCAAGUCAAUAUCCAGUCAUUUAUUAUUUUACAACUUUCUAUAUUUCUGUUUGCUGUUAGUGAUCUUCCUACAGACAAAAACAUUAUGUAAUGCUGUCAUUUUAAAGAACUUUAUUGCAGAUAAAUGAGUCUUCGAAACAAGUGUACAACAUAAAACAUGACUGUGCUAACAUAUAAGAAGCAAGGGGAAGGGAGACCAAAAUAAAUAUAAGAGUUGACGUGAUGAGGAAAGGGUACUCCAAGUGUUGUGUCAAUAGUCGUACUGACUAUUGAUAUCACGAUUAACUUCUCUGUAUGACCAUGUUCUUUAUGUUAUAAAGAAAUGACGGACACUCUUAGUAUUUGCUAAAUUGUACUUAAACCUGGCACGGCCUGCUUUCUUAGCCUGCAGUUGAGUAUAAUGGCCUGUGUGCUAUUAUUGUAUUAAUUAUUGUUGUUUCACAGGGAACACAGAGUGGAUGAACUGGGAAGACAGAUUUCUAAUGUCAAUUAUGAAAAUGAAGGUAAUGCAAACUCUUCUGCCAGAUUAUCUACUAAUUUUGUAACAUACAUCUGCCAUAAUUACUGUAUACCUUUUAUAAGUAUAAUUUUAUGAUUGUAUGUGUAUUGUAUGAUGCAGGAAAUACAGGGUUUCAUAGAUUAUGUUGCAUAGAUAUUGAUCAUUUGAAUUACUGGUUACAUUAUUUCUUAGAAAUUUCACAACGAAUUAGAACGUUUCCUAAGCGAGUUUGCUUGUAGGUGGAAAAUGCAGAGCUGUACAAAGCUUUCUUUUUUGCGUUUGUGUUUUGUGAUCCAUAUGGCAAAUUGUUUCAGAUAUUUACUAUGAAAGGCUAGGCUCCUAUUCAGGAAGGAAACUCAUGCCAAAUGCCACUGGACUAGGGAACAAAAAGCAUUUGACUUACAUGCAUCAAGACUACAGUUCAGUGUGUGGCAGUCAUUAUAAUAUUAGGGACGAUGUAAUUUUUUUUGGUCCACCUUUAUUGAUCUAAUAUGGAUUGACACCACACACCAUCUAAUUAUUUCUACCUUUUCUCCUAUAAUUGUUGGCUACUCUUAUGAAUGUAUAUCCCAUUUAGCAUUGGUAGGUGUGGGGUAAAAGGAUGCCAUUGAAGGGUGUUAUUACACUUGUCCCUUAUAACAGAAAUGAGGGCAGUUAUCUAUGAAUUUUCUACAUAUAAUAAAACUUAUGGUCUAAGAAAUAGACUUAAAUUGUAAAGGUUACAUAAAUGCUAAAAUAUCUAAAACUGUAUUAACACCGUAUGGGGUGGAGGAUUUAAGCUUAUAGAUCCACUCGGUCUCUUUCUUGGCUAGGGUUUUCGUGGUGUUACCACCUCUCCAAUGUGGUGUUACUUUGUCAAUGCCUAUACAUAAAAUGUUUUGUUCAAUUGGCUGGAAUCUGAAAAUUAAGUUUGAGGACGCCACAUACUCCAGUAUGCCUGUCAACUUGGGCAGUAAUGUUAGAAGAUUUGAAAGCAUGCCUUUAAGCUCAUGGUCUUUCAGUGCUUGACAUGAUGUUCAGGUCUUAAUUACCUGAAACUUUCCAUGGACUCUGUGACCGCUUAUAUUUUAGAAGCCAAUUUAAAGUGUUACUCGAAGCACCAUGACUAAUUCAGUGAUUUGACGUGGUUAUGGUGGUUGGAGUUUGUACGUGUAGUUAUUCAGUGUUGCUGCCGGAGGUACAGUUACAAGAGUUCCAUGCUGGCUAUUGUUAAAUCUCUGCAUAUUUGGUGUCUGCCAGCAGCGCUCCAAUGGUUUCACGGCCCACCCUCUGUGCCGCCCAAGUCCUACCUUCAGCCUGGGGAGUCCCUAUCCCUAAAACACUGUUUUAGUUGUAGUGUGCCAUAAAUAUGCUGCUGAAUCUGAAUAAAUGUUUUGUUUCUGCAGUAACUGUUCGUCUUUUACUUUCAGAGUAUGCAGCCGAAAUUAAUAGUGAGGAGUCCGUCGACCAAGUUGCUGUUGUCUCAUCUAAUAUACUUUUCUUCGUUAUUUUGUUUUGUUUUGCCAUUUUUGAGACGUAAGUAUUCUGACAUUUUGCUUUUUAGCUACGGUGUAGAAACUAGUGAUAAAGAGCAAUUACAUUGUCUUUGGUUGCCAUUCAAUUAAAAAAUUACAAUUUUGAAAUCAGCUCAGAUCAAUGUUCUAUAUGUGUAAACACAUUGUGUACUGACCACACACAUGUGGAUUGAUGGAUAAAUUGGUACUUACACGCAUAAAAUCAAAUCAGAUGUAGCAAAAGACCAUCAAUGAAUUCUAGCUUUUUCCUCUUGCACUAAUGACAACAUUGUUAAUUGCCUCCCUCGCAGUAUUGCCACCCCUCUAACUAUGGACAUGUAUGCGUGGACCCGCUCACAAGCUGUUUUGUACAAUGGAAUCAUUCUAGCUGCUAUUGGUUUUGAAUCAAUGGUUGUGUUCAUUGGGGUUAAAAUUCUCUCUAAAAUGUAAGUUUUGAUCAAGUUAUUUAUGUUUUUUCUUGUACAAUAGAGACAUAGAAAUAAUGAUAAUAAAAGUUACACCACAGCUAACCUGUGGCCCACAUACAUUCGCUGAUUACACUGGCAAUCUUGUCUGCUAGUGCUAACUCUGUAAAUCUGCCCUAAUUAACAUAAUAAUACUAGUUUUUAGAUUGUGUUAAUGUUAAGUAAUUUUUACAUUUCUUUACAGAUGCUCAUGUUUCUUUCUUUCAUGUAAAUUAUGGGUGUCUAAUCUUUUGGCUUCCCUGGGUAGCAUUGAGAGCAGAGGAAUUGUCUUGGGCCGCACAUAAAAUCUACAGUAUAAUAAGUUAUAUAAUAACCUUUUCUCAAGUUUGUUUAGAAGAUAACUACCUUAUUUGAUAUCCUUAUGUGGGACCUUCAUAUUUAAGGAUACCAAUUUAGGGAGCUAUCUACUAAACACACAUGUGUAUAUACAUAUACACAUAAUCCAUCACAUACACACAAUCACAGAACUACACACACAUAAUCACUGAUAUACCCACAUACAAUCACAGACCCACACACACACAUAAUCACAGACCUAUACACACAGUCACAUUCAUACACACACACAUAAUCACAGGUGUGUGUACACACACACACACACACACGUACAAUCACAGACCUGUACACACAAUCACUCACACAAAAACACACACACACAAUCAAAGACCUGUAUACACACACUGUCACAAAUACACACACAGUCACAUACAUAUUCACAUAUGUAGACACACAGACCCACACACACCUAUUCACACAAUCACAGAUAUAUACACACACAAAGAUACAGAUACACAAUCACAGACUCACACAUACAUGCAAUCACAGACCAAUACACACAAUCACACACACACACAUAUAUAUAUAUAUAUACACACACACACACACACACACACACACUCUCACUCACAUACAUUCAAACAGACAAUCACAGACCGACACACAAAAAUUACAUUCAUACACAUUUAGUACUAACAAGGUCCACCAAGCCUCCCUACCUUGAAUGGAUAAUCUGUCCCUGGUGGCUAGCGGUUGCUGCUGAGGUGGGAUCUCUGUGCUUUUCUUGCACAGGUCACUCGCUCUCCCAGUAAUAAUGCCGAUAUGACAUCAAAUCCCUGCAGCCAGCACAUUGCAAGGUGCACAUGGGAGCUGUGCAGGAGGAGCACAGAAUGUAAACGGCUCCCUGCCUCCCUUGCCACCUGGCAGUGUGGACCACAACCGGGCCGUAUUGCUGUCCCGGGCCGCGGGUUGGACAGCCCUGAUGUAAAUGGACCUCCCGCCAAGGUCUGAGCCAAGAUAAUUAAACGACAGGAAAAUCAAAUAGCUAAAAACUUGUACAAUGCUACGUUUAUACAACCUAUAUGUAGUUUUUAAUUCUCUUCAAAAUGAUUUAGACAUUAAAUCAUUGAGAAGGGCAUAUAGGUUGCAUUUAUUUGUUAAGAAGGGCAUAUGGAUUGAAGUUAUGUGUUAUAGUGAAAUUCAGUUUUGAAUACAGCCAUUAAAAAUGAUUUUUAAUCUUGUUAAUUUAUAUAUGAAUUAUUUUUACAGGACUGAAGAGCGCAUAUUACUCCUUGGUGGACUGGUAAUAAUUUGGGUUGGGUUCUUUAUCUUAUUACCUUGGGGAACCCAGUUUCCAAAGAUUCAGUGGACAGGUAAAGCAACCCUGUUUACUUUGUUAGUAACAUGCUCAGCACCUUAAAGAGUGAGACUCCCCUAAACUCUUCAACUUUUCUUCUCUUGUUCACAGACAUACAGAAUAAUACCAUUUACAACUCCAGCUACUGGCUCUCAAAUACAGCAGACUACAGUAAUCACACGGUGGAGCCAACUGGGUGCCCUCCUGUGCAAUCAUGGUGCUUUUAUACGCCUGUCAUUCACCUAGCACAGUAUCUUACAUCUGACAUUCUGAUAGGCAUUGGCUACCCAACUUGUAAUGUCAUGUCAUAUACUUUGUACUCCAAGAUCAUAGGUCCGAAACCUCAGGUAUGGCUAAUAUUCAAAGUGAUUAUACUGUGUCUUCACAGACAUGAGAUAAGUACAUAUGAAAGUCUAGAGGAGAUUGUUUCAGAAUAUUACCAAUUUUAUAUAUUUUAAAGAAACACUGUAGCAUUGGGAAUACAAAUCUAUAGGAAAAAUGAGCAUCAGGUGCAGGGCAGACAAUAUCCUACACCUGUUGCAUUAAGAAGGGGGCUAAGUGGAUAACCAGGGCAUAACCCCGAAGUGCAAAUAUAGAAAAAUAAAAUAAAAGAACUGGUCUCAGACAAUGAACUGGUACCAAGACUCACAAUGUUACCACUAUAGAUAUUCAGGUCCUAUGUGUAGCAAAAUUGAAAAAAAUUUUUUUUUAUUUUAUGGCAAUGAUGUAUAGUAGUGCCACAAAACAUAAAAAUGAACCACAGAUAAACAUUUAAUUGUGAUAGUGUUACACACAGUGAAAAACAAAACUGAUUAAAAAGGGAACCAAUCGCUUUCAAGAAUGUACAUAAGGUAGUGAAAACACUAGAUGUAAUAUUUAAUAGCUUAGGGGUAGAUUGUAUCAUGAAUAGAUGGUAACCAACAGUUAUCCACCUGGCUGUUUGAUACAAAAACAGUGUUGCCAGGUUAAACAGUGUCACGUAAUAGUAUAGGUUUCCUUAUGAAUUCUAGGCUAUAGUCCGUGCACAGUAGCUAUAAUAAAAAAAAAAUAGUAAAUGAGAUAGCACUUAACCAGUUGUAAGCCAGAUUAUAAAUCCCUAAGUACUAUUCAACAUGACAAGAAGCCUCCCAAAACAUAUACAAUCUAGUAUAAUUUAGAAUAAAUGCCGGGGGUAAAAAAUAAAUAAAAAUAAUAAUAAAUAAAUGUAAAAAAAUAAUAAUUAUAUAUAUAUAACAGAUAAUAUAUCACAGUAGUACUGCAUUCGUGUCUGAUAUACAGCUGCUGCAGAAAUAGACAGGGAACUGGGAGGGGAAUAGAGAGUAAAAAUGUCUAGUGAAGGAAAAUGUCCAAUAACAUUGCUUGUUUGCUAUAUCACCUACACCAAUCCAUCUCCUCCACCCUCCUUACUCAAUUUUGCUACACAUAGGACCUGAAUAUCUAUAGUGGUAAGUCCUGGUACCAGUUCUUUGUCUGAGACCAGUGCUUUUUUUUUUUUUUUAAUAUAGGAAUACAAUUCUAGUCCAGGAAUAUUUUAAUUAGUAAUUCAGUUAUUUCUCCAAUGUUAAAUUCUUGUAAAACUUUAGAAGGAAAUUUUAGGAUUUGAUGAAUGUUUUUGUUCCUGUUCUGCAGAUGCUUGUGCCUUAAGGGAAAUUUGCCUAAAUACUUUGGGUGCUUUAGUAUUUAGCAUUUUAGUAGAAAUUCCCAUGAGUGACAGAAGGUGACUGUUUUUUGAAUUGGCGCUCAAAUUAGUUUUUUGCAUUUUUCACACACAAACAAAUAUUAACACUAACUUUGGCUAGUGUUUGUGACCAGGUGGCUAGUAAAAACGACUGGACAUACACCAUUUGGAAUACCUUAGGUUGUCUACUAUUACAAAAGGUAUGCCAUCAUGGGACUAAUUCCCAUUCCUGGGCUACCAUACGGCCUCAAAGGCAACGUAACCAAUCUGGUGAAUUUAAAUGUGAAAAAAAAAUGAAAAAUUUAACACGCUAUAUUUGACCCUGUAACUUCCCAAAACACCAUAAAACCUGUACAUAGGGGGUACUGUUUUACACGUGAGACAUCGCUGAAUACAAAUAUGUGUAUUUUAUUGCAGUAAAAGCAAACAGUACUAUGACAUUCACAGUUAAACUGUCACGUAGAACUAAAAUAUUUUUUAAAAUUCUUAUUUUCUCCCAUUUGUUUAUAUUUUAUUCAUAAUAAAUUAUGUUUCAUACCUAAAUAUUUGAUGUUAAAUGAAAGCCCUGUUUCCCCUGAAUAAAAUGAUAUAUAAUAAGUUUGGGUGCACAAAAUAUGAAAGAGGUGAAUUAUGCCUGAACAGACAUAUAGCGCAAAUUCAAGUUUUUUUUUUAAUGUUUUGUUUUGAUCACAACAUUUACAUUUGGCUCAGUCCUUAAGGGGUUAAAUAUCAGUGUCUACACGUUUCAUUUGGAAUGUAAAUCAAUAGAAAUUACUUUCUCAAAGCGUGGAUACUUAGAAAUUUUUAUUACACCUGCAGGGGAACUUGUCCGUAAAAAUUUGAGAAACACUGUUGUAAGACAUUUUUAUGUUCACAUUUAUGUUUUUUCCUUUGAUCUAUUAAUUAUGUUCUUAAGCAGAAUAAUAGUUUUUAAUCUGUGUCGUAAUUUCUUCCUAAUUUCCCCCUGUAGGGAGUAUACAUGGGCUGGCUGACUGCUGCUGGUAGCAUUGCACGUACUCUUGGACCAAUAUUUGUCAGCCAAAUCUACACACAUCUGGGACCAAGAUGGACAUUUGGUAUACUUUGUGGUAUUGUUGCAGUGUCUAUAUUACACCUGUCUGUCAUCUAUAAGAGACUUAUUGCUUUUUCUGUUAGAUAUGGACGGGUAUGAAAAGAAUUCGCACACGGAAAAGAUGGGGUUUUUUAUUUGUUUACAUACGUAAAGCUGUAAAAUACAGAAUGGAGAGAAUAUAU